UCGGCGUCACCGCCGGGGAGAGGGAACCUAGUGUGUGCGCGUUGGUGUGUGUGUGUGUGUUGGAGAUUUUGCUAGAUCUGAAGAUGAGGGCAAGUUCUGAGGCUUUUUUGGUUAGGGAUUGGAAGGAGGAAGAUCAGUGGGCAGCACGACUAAGAGCCUCAACAAGAAGGGCGAAGACAAAAACAGAGCGGCCGAGCGCAAAUUGGGAAUCAAUGGGAAUAGCACCAGCGAUGGUGAAAUCUAAAAGCUAUUUUGGUCAGAGGAGUAUGGGUGAAGGAGAGUUCUAUGUGUUGGAAGAAAAUGAGUUGUUUCUUCAAAAUAGAUCUAUGAGCCAUGGAUCAAUGAUUCUCAAAUUAAAGCUAAUCUCCCAGUGCCUUCUUGAUGUAAGUCUGUUAUGUGGGAUUCUUUUGCCUUGGCCUUGUGAGUUCAACACACUCAUAAACACCAUAUUCUCAUUGCCGGCCACAGUGGCUUUGAUCGUGGUGGUGUUCCUUGACAAAACGCUCAAGGUUGAAAAGUCAAAGAAAGAUAGAGGGAUGACAUGGUAG